CUGAGAGACGGAGAGGGGUGGUGAUGCACAUUGACUGACGCUGCCCUUGUAUCUUAAACAGCGUGCGUGGACGGUCGUCCUUGCAGCCUCUUCGGAACUGCAUCAGUGUAUUUCGACGAGGCAAUUUCUUCUCGAAAAAUUUCUUCUCGAAAAAAACUCGACAAAGUGGUCUCUAGAAAAGGACGUUUGAUUAGCGUCUUUUCCGCUGAUAAGCACCCCUAAAGACACAAGACCUCCCUUAACUUCCAACUCCUGCAAGACGAAAUGGGGAAACAGAACAGCAAACUGACCCCUGAAGCCAUGGAGGAUCUGGUGAAGAGUACAGAGUUUAACGAGCACGAGCUGAAACAGUGGUACAAAGGCUUCCUCAAAGACUGCCCCACUGGCAGACUCAACUUGGACGAGUUCCAGCAGCUCUAUGUCAAGUUUUUCCCCUACGGAGACGCCUCCAAGUUUGCCCAGCACGCCUUCAGGACCUUCGACAAGAACGGAGACGGGACCAUCGACUUCAGAGAGUUCAUCUGUGCCCUGUCCAUCACCUCCAGGGGCAGCUUCGAGCAGAAGCUCAACUGGGCCUUCAACAUGUAUGACCUGGACGGGGAUGGCAAGAUCACACGAGUGGAGAUGCUGGAGAUCAUCGAGGCCAUCUACAAGAUGGUGGGGACUGUGAUCAUGAUGAAGAUGAAUGAGGACGGCCUGACACCCGAGCAGCGUGUGGACAAGAUCUUCAGCAAGAUGGACAAGAACAACGACGACCAGAUAUCCUUGGAGGAGUUCAAAGAGGCGGCCAAGAGCGACCCCUCCAUCGUCCUGCUGCUCCAGUGUGACCUCCAGAAAUAGGUGGCCUCAUCAAACGCCUGUAUGGACUGCACAGAAGAUUCAUGUUCCAUUCAGUUUGCAGCUAUUUACACUGAAGAAAAAUAUAUAUGCUUGGACUACCUUUCAAUGGAUCCGCUUCUUGUGUUUGAAACACUUGUGUGCAUGAGAAUGUUAUUUGCUAAAAUAAAAGAUUUACACAUAUUUACAUAGAGGAUACACAGAAAUACAGUACUUAUAACUGAAAUGAGGCACACACAAACGACCACACACACAGACACAUACACACAGACUGUCUUACUACAACUUCACAUCAUGCACAACUAUAUAUAGAUAUAUAAAUAUGAAAAUAUAUUUAAAUUAUUUAAAUUCAACUGCCAAAAUGUGAAGUGUGCAAAGUAUUUUACAUCGUCUCAUUCCAUCGGAGCCUGCGCAUCAGUGAUGUGCUAUGUUGAAUUUACGCAACUAUUUAUUGUUCCAAGUUUGCUAAUUGCUAUAUGUGUUUCAUACAUCGAGUUAUUUCAACCAAACCAAAUUCCUAUGGUAACGUACCUAUCUCUGCAUAAACACUUACUCAUUCUGAUAAAAGAUUAGAUCUGGAUGGAUCAAGAGAUGGACUAGCAUUCAUCAGAAUUUUCCUUCCAAAAGUGCUUGUACUGUUGGUUAAUAUAAAUGUAGUUAAUUUGCAUGCCGUUGAUUUUUUUUUUGCCUGAAAGGUAAUCUCCUCGUUUUGCAUCCUAUAAGUAUAACAAAGACAAAGCCUUAUGGAACAAAUGCGGUCACGGUUAAAACCGUUAAAGACAUAGAAUAGGUAACUGAAUAGAAAAAUUAUACUAUUAUUAUUAUAAAGUUGGUCCUUAUACAAGUUUUAUCAAAUGGGAUGUAAUUCUGUGAUUUGGCAAAACUAUUAUUUUGACUGAUGCACCUGUGGGUGUCAUGUUUCCUUGUAGAUAAAGGUGUAUGUGGCUAUAAAGUCCCUUUCGCACUCCCUAGUUUAGAUAUAUUUUCAAGAAGGUAGAUACUGAAUAUGGAAAAUAGACAUUAAAAAAUCUACUGAAAAACAUAUUUGGCCCCACAGAUGAAUAAUACAGGAAUAAUCAUGCAAUGGACAAUUAGAAAUCAAACACAUCAUUGAAUAUAAAGGCAUAAUUUUACCUGGAGGUUUAGAGAGUGAGACAUUUUGAUAAUUUCCAUCCACCCACCUAUUGAGAAAGUGCAUGUUGUCCGACCUUUAUUGCCCACUUAGUCAUGGCUAAGUUAAUUAUGUCAUUUAUUCAAGACAGCUACAGGUUGCUUAUCAAUGUGCUGAAUUCAAUGACGUUUCCACAUGCCAGUAGUGUAAAGGAGACAUGGAAUUAGGCCACUGCAACACUGUGUGAAACAUUAAUUGUUAUGUCACUUUCUCUGUUCGUCUCGCAGUUAAAAAAAUAAGUGUUGAAGUGUUGACCUGUGUCGAAGGAACAAGUGAAUGCCAUUCCUUAUGAAUUGUAACGAGAACAACGCUUGAAUUGUAACGAGAACAACGCUUGAAGACAUGUUUGGUAUUUGGUAGGCUAUACAGUUUUCCCCGAAGUGAACCUCGCUCCUCCUAACUAACUUUUUGUACUUUUUUAUUACCCUCUCUCAUAUUGAAGCAUACAGACUGUAUAGAAGCUAGCUCUUCGCCCCCAUACAGGUGCUGCAUCUUAGCCCAUCGUCUUUCCCCAAGAUAGGAAAUAACCUACGAUCCCACCGGUCUUGACUGGCGCCAAGGGCCUA